AUGAAUACUUUAAGUUUAAACAAUUUAAAUAAAGAAAUUUCUAGCCCUUUAACUCAAUUUGAAAUAAGAGAUUUAUUAAGUAUAGAUUUACCUAUAUUAAGUGAUUUACAUAUAUCUAUGACUAACAUAGGAUUAUAUUUAACAAUUGGAUUAGUUUUCACAUUAAUUUUAAGUGUAUUAAGUAUAAAUAAUAAUAAAUUAAUUAGUAACAACUGAUCUAUUAGUCAAGAAUCCUUAUAUGCAACUAUACACGGUAUAGUUGUAAAUCAAAUAAAUGCUAGAAGCGGUCAAGUAUAUUUCCCUUUUAUUUACACUUUAUUUAUAUUUAUAUUAAUAAAUAAUUUAAUAGGUAUGGUACCUUACAGUUUCGCAUCAACUAGUCAUUUUGUUUUAACAUUUGCUCUUAGUUUCACUAUUGUUUUAGGUGCAACUAUAUUGGGAUUCCAAAAACAUGGUUUAAAAUUCUUUUCAUUAUUAGUACCAGCUGGUUGUCCUUUAGCUUUAUUACCAUUAUUAGUUUUAAUAGAAUUUAUUUCAUACUUAGCUAGAAAUAUUUCUUUAGGGCUUAGAUUAGCCGCUAAUAUAUUAUCAGGUCACAUGUUAUUACAUAUAUUAGCAGGAUUUACUUACAAUAUUAUGACUUCAGGUUUCAUCUUCUUCUUCUUAGGAUUAGUACCUUUAGCUUUUAUAAUUGCUUUCUCUGGUUUAGAAUUAGGUAUCGCAUUUAUACAAGCUCAAGUGUUUGUAGUUUUAACUAGCGGUUAUAUCAAAGACGGAUUAGAUUUACAUUAA